AUGUCUCUCCAAAAUACUCGAAUAUUAUUUGUAAAGAGGCCUUUUGGCCUCUUUGAACCAAGUGAAACUUUCAAAAUUGUAAAAGUUCCAGUACCUUCGCAAAAUGAUUUGUCUGACGGACAAAUCCUAGUAAAGAAUUAUUAUUUGUCUUUGGAUCCUGCGAUGCGUGGAAUUAUGAAUAACGUUAGAAGCUACACUCCACCUCUCGCUAUAAACGAAUUAAUGCGUGGUUACACUGUUGGUGGUUGGCAAGAAUAUGCUGUUAGUGAUGGAAACGGGGUUGAAAAACUUUUUCCACCACCUAAGUCUUCUCUUUGUGAUUAUCUCGGCUUGUUUGGUAUAACCGGGUUGACUGCGUAUUUUGGGCUAUUAGAUGGUAAACUAAAAGCUGGCGAAACUGUUGUUGUAUCGGGAGCUGCUGGUGCAACAGGAAGUGUGGUUGGUCAAAUUGCAAAAAUCAAAGGUGCAAGAGUAAUAGGUAUAGCCGGCUCUCCUGAUAAAUGCGCCUGGAUAGUAGAUGAAUUAGGUUUCGACGUUGCCUUAAAUUAUCGUGAUCCCGACUUUCCUAAGAAAUUGGCCCAGGCAACGCCAAAUUAUAUAGAUGUAUAUUUUGAUAAUGUCGGGGGUGACAUAUUAAAUCUUUGUUUAAAAAGGAUAGCGAGGUAUGCUAGAAUAGUUCUGUGUGGAGCUAUCAGCCAAUAUAAUGAAGAAAAUUAUAAAGGACCUUCCAAUUAUAUUACUUUGAUUGCUCAGAGAGGUAGAAUGGAAGGAUUUAUUGUUUAUGAUUAUCAAGAUAGAUUUCCAGAAGCAAUAUCUGACCUUUCAAAAUGGUUGCAGCAAGGAAAGCUCAAAAGAAGAGAUUUCAUAGUAGAUGGAUUAGAAAAUGCGCCCCAAGCAUUAUUAAAACUAUUUAAAGGUGAGAAUACUGGUAAAAUGUUGAUUAAGAUUGCUAACGAAUAUGAAAAUGUUGGAAAAGAUUAUCAAUUAAAAUAG